CAUGGCGGAGACGGCGAUCACGGCCGUGCUGUCGAAGUUCGGGGAGCUGGCGUCGCGGGAGGCGGCGGUGCUGGUGCAGGUGGGGAACGACAUCAUGCUGCUCCGCGACCGGCUGGAGUGGCUGCAGGCCUUCAUCCGCGACGGCGACCGGAAGCGGCGGCUGGCCUCCGACGACUUCACCCGGGUGUGGGUGCGCCAGACGCGGGACGUCGCCUUCGAGGCCGAGGACGCCCUCGACGACUUCUUCCACAAGGUAGAUCUAGAAGCCCAGGGUUACCGUGGAUGGAGAAUCUGGCGCAGAUAUAUAACAGGCUGUGGUACGCAAAUCUCUGUUCGCCAUGAUUUAUCAGGUCAGAUAAAAAGAAUCAAGAGCAGACUAGACCAGAUAUCAGAGAAUCACAAGGAGUUCAAGAUCGAGCAUACACCUGGAGCAUGGACCUCUUCUAUCACAGAAGUUGCUGCAUGGGAUAACACAGGGGGCAAUCCGGUGGGAUUUGAUGCUUACGUGACGGUUCUGAAGACUAAUCUCCUUUCUCAUGAACAUACUCCACAGCAAAGAUUCAUUUCCAUAUUGGGGGAGUCUGGUAUAGGGAAGAACACACUCAUGAUAGAAAUCUGGAGAGAAAUCAACGAUCGUCAUAAAGAUCAUUUCGAUGUGUUAAUCUGGUACAACAUGCCACCGAAUUCUAGUGCAAAUGAUCUCCUCAAGCAAGUAUACGAAAGGGCAUUGGCGGCAUUGAGUAAAGUACCAGAAGGGGAAGACAAUGAUAUCACGAAGAAGCUCCGCUCUUUUCUGCAUGAUAAGAGGUAUCUGGUGAUCCUGGGUGGCAUAAACUCUAUAAGAGUGCUUAACUGUGUGAAGGCGAGCUUGCCAGACAACAGAAAUGGCAGCAGAGUAGUGCUCAUCUUAGAGCCAGAGAGCCAGGAAGUAGCAAGGCAUGCUCAAACCCUCGACACAAAAGUAGGUGAAGAUCUCAAAAACAUUAGUGGAAGUACUGUCCAGAUAGGCAGGCUUAAUGAAAGCCAAAGUGCAGAACUGUUCUGUCGCAGGGUAUAUGGUGAGAGGUACACCAAGCCAAAAGGGUAUAAGCUCAGUUACAAUGAACAAAUCUUUAUGAUAACAGGGGGUCAUCCUCUAGCUAUUGUAGUUUUGGCAGGCCUUUUGCGGUCCAAAGAAAUGCCUGUUGAAUGGGAUUCAGUGCUACAACAGCUUAUGCCUGGAGUAGAAGCGGUAGAGAGUCAAGGUAACAAGAUAUCUGGUGUUCUCUUGACAAAAGAAAAGCCCUUUGAGUGGGAUGCCUUGCUGCAGCAGAUGAUGCCAACCACAGAAGCUAAACUGUCGAAUAGAAUGACAAUUGAGAGGAUCUUCUCGACAAGUUUUGAUGACCUCCCGCAUGAUCUCAAAUCAUGCUUCCUCUACUUUGCUGCUUACCCAACAAAUAUCACUCAUCCUGCGGAUCAGAUAAUGCGCAUGUGGAUAGCUGAAGGCUUCAUCAAACCAGAAAAGGGCAAGAGUAUGGAGGAUCUAGGUCAAGCAUAUCUCAAGGAGCUUGUUUCAAGAUGCCUGGUUGAGGUUAAAACUUGGAAUGAAUGUGACAGGAUUGCGUUGGUGCAGGUUCAUAAUCGACUUCUAAGGUUCCUGCAAUCUGAGGCUCGCGAAGCUAGCUUCAUUGAGAUUCAUGACAACACUGAUGUUCUUGCACCAGCAGCAGUGCGCCGCCUUUCCAUUCAGAAUGACAGUGGAAACUAUAUUCCUUUUGGAAACAAAUUCCUCAAACUGCGUUCCUUUAUAUGUCGUGUCGAAGAGGGAGAUGGUCCCUGCGCUACACUAGACCUGAAGAAUGAUUCAAAGAAAAUACCAAACAAAGAACCAUUAAAGUUUCUGUAUGGCUCUAAGUUCCUUCGGGUCAUCUCCAUAGGUGGAAUACGCCUUUCGGAGCUGCCCAAUGAGAUCGGUGAUAUGAUUCACUUACGGUACCUUGGAGUUACCUGUCACGAUCUGCAGAAUCUCCCCUCAAGCAUAGGAAGGCUCCUAAACUUGCAGACCCUAGACAUAAGGAACAGCAAAGUCAAAAGUAUUGCACCAAAAUUCUGGAGGAUUAAGACAUUGAGGCAUGUGAUCGCCAAUCAGCUUCAGCUGCCAAACUCUGUUGGUGACCUUAAUAAUCUUCAAACACUCCAUGGCGUAAAACCUGCAGAAAAUUGGGGUGGACUGAUGUGUCCAUUGGACAUGAUGACCAAUCUUCGGUCUUUGGAGUUGCAUGAAUUUAAUGAUGCCAAUCAUGGGGUAGCACUGGAACGUUCUCUCCAGAAGCUUGAGCUCCUUGGGCAUUUGAAAUUGACUGGUGACAAGAUUCCAUUAGCUGUGUUCACUGCCCCAAGCCUUCGCUGUCUUGAGAGCUUAGUGCUUGAAGGUAGUGUUAAAUGGCCAGAGAGUUCAUCAAAUCUUUGCAACCAGACACAAGAAGACUCAUUGGGUAUCUGUGAGCUCCGACCAAACCUUGUUAUGCUAAAACUAAACAGUCUCAGUAAGAAGCUUGAGGAUUUCAUAGAGAAACUUAUUCCCCAGCUGGCAGCCCAUGAGUGGCCCAGACAGACAGAUGUUUAGGUAACAGCAUUCUGAACUCUCUUUGUUUCUCUUUUAAUUUCAAAUGAGAGAAAAAUCAAGAAGGAAUAACGGUCACAACCAACACAACAAACCCAACUUCUCUU